CCGGACGCACUCACGUCGCCAAGGGUCGACCAACACCCUCUAGACGCGCCGACGUCGUUGAUAAACAGCCCUAGUCAGCAUGCUAAUUCCCAAGAAGAACCGCAAGGAGGUUUACAAGUACCUCUUCCGCGAGGGCGUCAUAUACGCGAAGAAGGACUUUAAUCUCCCAUCUCACCCUGAGAUCAAGGACGUCCCUAACCUCCAGGUUAUAAAGCUUAUGCAAUCAUUCACAUCAAAGGAGCUCGUCAAGCAGAUCUUUUCGUGGAGGUACUUCUAUUGGUAUCUCACGAAUGAAGGGAUCGAAUACCUCCGUGAGUAUCUCAACCUGAGCGCAGAUGUAGUCCCUAACACUCUGAAGAAGUCCACACGUCCACCGACGAGACCGAUGGCGGAUGAACGCGCCCCUAGGCGUGAUGCCCCCCCAGGCCGCGGUGGUGGUGGUCGCGAAGGGUACCGAGCCGAGCGCCCGGGCGGAUUUGGCCGAGGAGGUGGUGACAAGCCGCAGUAUGCUUGAGGGCACUUAGGAAAGUUGGGCGAGUCAGGAGUGUCAGUACUGCUUUUUUCACGGUCUUAAGCUCAAUACUGAAAAUUCACACACAUCACAUGGCAGACAC